UUGACAGAAAAAAUACAACUUGUCUCUUCUGUUUACAGGCUACCACGUCUCCAGCAUCGUUGAGCAAUACAGACUACUGACCCAUAAUCCAAAACUAUUAUCCGACGGACCUAGUCUGAAAAUGGCAAAAUAGACCUAGAGGUUUUUUUAAUAUUCUAUACUAAUAGACAGACGUAUUUUGCCAGUACCAGAUUAAAAAUAAAAUAACAAUUUUUCGUGAUUCAAAAUAUUGAUAAUUGCUUUACAAUGGCUGCAUUCGACAUAUUCGAAAAUUCUACAGAUCUUGACCAGAACGACACUGUAGGUCAAAAUUUGACAGACGAUGUAAACAGAUCUACCGCCACACGACUAAAACAGUCCGUACCGGUUAUUGCCUUAUUUGGAGUGUCGUACUUCCUGAUCUUCGCCCUGUGUGUGGUCGGCAACACCCUGGUGUGCUUCGUCGUCAUCAAGAUCCCGCGCAUGCGCACGGUGACCAACUACUUCAUCCUGAACCUGGCCGUGAGUGACCUCCUGGUGGGGAUCUUCUGUAUGCCAGCCACCCUGGCGGACAACGUUGUGAUGGGCAAGUUCACGUCACCAUCAAUAUCGGGUUUCCUCCUUACACUUCUUACUCCAUUGCCAUAUCUACAUUUUUCCAAUAAACGGUCACCUCUCCUUGGCUGGCCAUUCGGAGAUGUCAUGUGCCGUCUGGUCCCUUUCAUGUCCACUGCGUCCGUGGUGGCUUCAGUCUUCACUCUUCUAGCGAUUGCAGUUGACAGGUUUUAUGCUGUUGUCCUCCCUACCAAACCCAAACUCAAGGUCACUGUUAUGACCAAGGCAGUCAUCACCAUCUGGAUGUUCGCCAUCACGGUCAGCCUGCCGCUGAUGAUCUUCAACCGUGACGAGAUAUACGAGGACGUUCAGCAGGACGCUACAUACCUGGUACAUUACUGUGAUGAACAGUGGCCCACAACAGGUUCAUGGACAAAAGACGACAUCAGCAAGUAUUACUCCUUCGCCCUUUUCAUCAUCUGCUACCUGGCGCCACUCAGCAUCAUUCUCGUCCUGUACAUGAUCAUCGGAUAUCAAGUCUGGUACAAAUCAGCGCCAGGCCAGAGGGCAUCUGUGGAGGCACAAAACGCACUCUUGAAGAAGAAAAUCAAAGUCAUCAAGAUGCUCAUUGUUGUGGUGGUCUUGUUUGCAUUAUUCUGGUUGCCAUUGCACACGAUCAUGUUGCUGAAUGACUUUACUCAGCUGUCAGCAAGUCAGAAACACGUCGUCUACAUUUACGCUUUCCCUAUUGCCCACUGGUUAUCGUACUUCAACAGUUCCGUCAAUCCCAUCAUAUACGGGUACUUUAAUCCAAACUUUCGUCAAGGGUUCAAGUCACUGGUUAUAUCGAGACGAUAUGCAAAUGGCCUCAGUGAAAUGUCUCACACGACGAGGCAUGAAAAAGACUAGAAUUUAAGUUACGGUCACAUUCACCGUAGGGUGUCGUACAAUUUCGAUACAGUAGAGUUUUGAAGCAGGCUGUGACAUAACCAACCACCGACAUGAAUCUAAGAAAGUUUUCUUAGUAAAAGACUUGUAUGAAAUUUGUACAACACAUCGCCAACUAUCGUUUGACGAUCGUCCGACGAAUGUGACCGGACCCUUUGUCUGUCAUUUCAUUCACAUGACACGUGGAGGUGACAAUUCGUACGUUUGUGUGUGAAUCCGCUUCUAAUUAAUUAUGUUUGGAGCCUGCCAGAGAACAUAGAGCCCAAUAUCUUUCUGAAAUAGUGAGUGACGAAUCUGAAACUUGCAUGCAUGUAAUACACAAUACCGAAAAAACAUAUUAAAAAUAAAAAGGGUGAGCCACAAUAUAUACUAUUCUCACAGAUAAUUGCGCUCAAACCACAAUAUAAAUGUGCUAGUAGUGGUCAAAGAUGUAGUUAAGAAUUGCAGCUGGAGAUGGUCAUUUGUACCUUAUUUCUGACCGUCAAUAGUGCAUUAGGCAAAGUACAGUCUUUGCUACAUACAUUUUUAUCACAAUUCUGUAAGGGAUAUACAAUCACAACACAUUGUAAUCUAAUUCAGACAGUAUACUCUCAGCAUGCACAUAGGCAUACACAGUAAGCUGGUCAAAUGGAUUAUGUGUGACGUUAAAGAGCAAUGUAUUUGUGAUAUUAUAGAGAUUUAGUAGGAUACGGCCGAACAAGACCCGGAAAAUGACACAUCUGUGCAGUAUAUCUGUGCAGUGACAAGUGUUUUCGAUAAAGCUCGAACUUGGAUAACAAUAUGCGAAAAUGCAAGUGUUUGUGUAUCAAGUCAAGUAAUAAUUGCUUGUUAUUGUAGAAAUAUUUAUCAAGAUGUCUUAGAAAUGCCGAAACGCAGGAUAAUAAUUUCGAACGCAAUUAGAAGUUGAGCAUCAACACAUGACUAAUAACGAUUAGUUUUGAGCUCAAAAUAUACUCGCUACACUUACAACAUUCAUA